CAGCACCAGAAGGAAUUAAGAGAGAUGGAUGAGUUAUUGGGGAAGUUUCUGGAAGAUCAGAAAACAAAGAUAGCAGAGGAGAAGGCAUGUCUGGAACAGGAUCCCCCUUACAUGGAGAUGAGGAGGCGGACAGGCCACGUUCUCCAGAAAGAGGACAUCCCUCCACGCACAAGUCAGCAAGAUGGUGUGAGUCUGCCACUCGGAGAGGAAUAUGAGAGAAAGAAACACAAACUGCAAGAAGAACUCAGGAAUGAUUACAGGAAAUACAUGGCAGAGAAAGAUCACUGGGAUGCUGGUGACAUUCACACCGUUCCAGAGAGAAGACGAAUACCCAGGACGGUCCGUGUGAGGGAUGUGGCCACCCUUACAGAGGUGUGUGGGCUGGGAUGGGGCGUGUGUAGCUCUGAGGAAGACUGCAGUGAUGAAGAACUCAUGCUUUUGCAAGGGAGGCGACAUCAGAGAGAGAGAGACACCAGGACGGCAAACAGAAGAGGGGAAUUGUACACAGAGACAGGACAUCACACGAGCAAACUACAGCACAGAAACAGGGGAAGAGGCGGAGCUGGUGCACCACUCAGAGACAGCACUGGAAAUCUAAUUACUGAUCUGAAGAAGAUGCAUCUUUUGAAUGCAGCAGCUGCAGCACCACCACAAAGGCCGGAGAGGCCAGGUUUUGUUGAGACACACACUCCACGGUUUGCAAGAGGGAAUGUGUUUAAUCAGAUGCUGUCACCCCAGCAACUACUGGAGCAAGACCAAUACAAAGCUUACCUGAGACUCCAGAUAGAAGAUAAGCAAAGGAAGCAGGCGGAGGAGAGAAAGUGGAUGAGGGCAGAGGAGGAGAGGGAGGACAGGCGACUGGCAGAACAGAGAGAGAAAAUCAGGAGAGAGUAUGAAGAGGAGCAGGAGAGCAGAAAACGCAGAGAGAUGAAGCAAAAACUGAAGAAUGAAGAACUCGCUCGUCUUGUGGAGGAGAGACGGAGGGAUGCAGAAAAAAAGAAAGAAGAAGAAGAGAAAGAGAGAGCUGCUGUAAGAGAACAGGAAGAGCAAGAAAGACAAAUACGACUGCAACAGGUUCAACGUGCACCAUCCCCUCCUAUCCCUACCCUACAGAAGAAACACCGCAACCCUUCAAAUGCUACGGUAACAAAAACGGAUUUCUCUGCGUUUCGGGCUCUUCCAUCUCCAGAAAACAGAAACAACCAGAGAACAGAGAGUAAACACUCAUCCUUGUGCACACAUAUCAUGAUGGAGAUGUCCUAUUGGCUUUUUUGUUUUUAUAUAUUAAUCAAGAAAGAAAGUCAUACAGUUUGGGAACAAUAUGACGGUGCAGUGGAUCUGGAGGCCGCACUGCAGAGGAAAAAGGAACGUUAUAGGUGUGAACUACAGGAACAAAUCGCAGAGAAACAGAGUCACAGGAGAAGUUUUCUUUCUUCUGUGGAACACAAAAGAGACAAUAGGCAGAACGUUCAUGCCGCUCUCAUGAACUAUUCCUGUAAUUCAACUUUCUUUAGGGAGAAGGAACUGGACCUGAGAGUUCCAACAGAUGCUGAGAAAAAGCAGCUCUUUGUGAGUGAGGCGUCUGCGUACAGAAAGCAACCAAGGGAUGACAUCAUCCGCCUGGACACUGCUGAGCCUGCUGAGGGUGUUUUGCAAUACAGGACAGACCCUCUGUCUCCAUGCAGGAUGCCUUUUGUCCCUACUCACCUCCCAUUCCUUACAGAUGCCUAUAAGACUCCAAAUAAUGAUUCUGAGAGUUUGAUGAGCCCCAGUAGAGCCUAUUACCCAAUAACGGGAGUUUCUUUUUCAACAUCAUCAGGAGAGCCACACUCACUCAGUACGCACAGCAGAAGCACUCACAGACAGCACAGGACGGAUGUGUUUGACAUGGCUCGUUUGCGUAUGCCUGUGCGAGGCCCCUCCGCCCGUGGCACUGAGCCAAUCAGCUUAAAGGGAGCUGAUGACAUCAUGUACAGGGAUGCCUUUAUGCCUAGAACAUGGCAGUCUAGGGACAGAGAUGUUGAGGGCGGACGAGGAUCUGUGCUUCUGUCAGAAAGUGAAUUUAUUGAUCAGAAUGGAGUUGCUUUCCCAGUUCCUCCAGACAGCGAGAGGAAAUCUGCUAAGCUGUCUGCACGAGAGCGACGCAGACUAGCAAACCUUCGGUCUGCAGAGGGGAAGCCAGUGCAGCUGCAGUCCUUCAAUAUGAGGAAGCUCAGAGACACAAACACUCCCAGGAUGAAGAGACUACAAGCCUUCGGCCAUCACAACACCACAGCAGGAGUCUGCUCUGAUGACGAUGAUGAGGCAAGUCGUGGUGAUGAGCAUUUUACCCUGCAGUCUCCUGGCAGGCCCAGCUCCAUUGAUACCGCCACUACCGAGCCCUGGAUUCGAGCAGAGACAUCAGACACGCUCAGAAGGCUGAUGUCUGGCUCUGAACUUUAAGACGGGUCAUAAUAUACAUGACCGCACAUGCUCAGAGUGUGUGAGCACUUUAUUGCAAUGCAGUAUAUAUAUGAUAUUUUAUGUAGUCUUCAGAUCUCUUAAAUAAAAGACUGAUCAGCGGAAUCUCUACAAGAUCAACUGCUUUAACU